AUGUUUACCUUACAUGUGUCUGCAGUUUAUGGUAAUAAUUUUACAUUCAAUUCAGAUGAUAACGGGAAUGCAAACCAUGCUUUGAAGCUAAAGGGGGCAAUCAACAUCGAGCCUAUGGAUUCAGCUGGUAUGAAGCUGAAAAGGAAACAUGCUGAGAUUCAACCUACUGAUGCUGAAGACGAUGAAAAUGAUGAACCACUGUCAUUUGCAUCACCGGUUAAGUCGAAUGAUCAUGAAAGGUACUUUGAUACGCCUAAUGAUGAACUAUCGGAUCACUAA